AUGGCGGCUUUAAUGAAGAAGUUUAAAAAGAAGAGCGGACUGUCCACGGACCUACACGCUCGUUGGGGCGACGUUGCCAUCAGCCACCCCACCCACGGAUCUUGGAAUCAGUGGGAUCAACCUUCCGGCUUCGUCGCCAACACCCCAGGAGAGCCAAGCUCGCAAUAUGGCCCAGACCCGCGAUAUAGCUCAGUCGGUUCAUUCCACGAGCCAAGUCCAACUUCAUCUAUCCGGCGGUCGCGAAACAGAAGUCCACCCGAGCGCCCAGUGGAGGCUUCUCCAUCAUUUCCAACCGGGCAUUUCGAUCACAAUAUCCGACAUCACGACAAGAAUGCACGCCCAUCAUUACACGGCUUAGGUAUUAGCGACCUUCUUCGCGAGCCCAGUCACAAUGCCUCCAGCUCGGUCUUCGAUGACGACAGCUCAAGCUCUUGCUGCGACGAAGAUGAAGAGGACCGCGACGGCCUAGGUCCAGCGGAAUGCAGUCCACGGAUCUACGAAUUAGCAGAUACAUCACAGCCACGAUACCACACCGAUGAUUAUGACAUUCCCGCGAAAUCACCGCCGCUUUCUGUGACUUCGCGCAUGCGUCCCGACAGUAUUCACAGCUAUGCCACAGCUCCCGUGGCAUCUCGCCCGGGCGGUGUCAUACACUCGCCGCGAACCAGCUAUACCGCCGGAUCUUCCGUGUCUGCCCCCUUCAUACCCUCGGGGACACUUCGCUAUAGCCUUCCUGGUCACCCUAAGUCGAAAUCAACAGUCUUCCCGGACAGAAGACACAGUCGUCUGCGGCCUCAAACCCCGGAGUCCACUGUCCGACAGGAAAUGGUCCCUUCCUACGAUGAGCUUUACGGCUGA